AAAUAUUCAGAAAUCUGAAUUGAACGUUAAUCAGUUGUCACCUUUCAGCGAGGUUCAAUCGUCAUGGUUCGUACUCUCGUUUUCUACUUGGUCGUCGCAGUAGCGUUCCUCAUGUUUUCCGGGGAAACGAAUGCCCAAGAUGAAUCUGAUUACGAUUUUCAACAAAUUGAAAGAAUGUGCUACGGAAUGGAUGAAGUUUGGAACGAUUGCGGGACUCCGUGUCCAAGAACGUGCGAGCAGCCAGAAGAAAUACCCUGCGUUAAGAGAUGUAACCCAAGCUGUCAAUGUACGCGUGGACUCCUGAGAAGAAGGGACGGUGCAUGCGUUCAGGCUUCCGAAUGCUUUUGAAUGUGAUCAAACAUAAGUCUGCCUGAAUGAGAAGCUCCAAAAUUUCACUUAAAAAUUCAAGAUUUGUGAAAACAUUUUAAAUGCUAAAACAGAUAAGAAAAUGUAUGUACCUUGUGUAUAGAACGCACAGACUUUACGUUGAAUUAUUUUUUCUUGUAGAGUAUAUGAUAAAUUCCAUCUUGAUGAGUAAA